GAGACUAUCUACGAUGCUGCAAGUUCUGUUACCCAUUAUGCGCGUUUGUCAUUCUUGCCGCUUGUGUGGUAGCGUGUGUUGGCUUAGUCUGGAUGCAGGUGGCUCUCAAGGAGGAUCUGGAUGCAAUAAAGGAGAAGUUUCGAACUAUGGAAUCUAAUCAAAAGACAUCAUUCCAAGAAAUUCCUAAACUGAAUGAAGAUCUGGUGCAGAACCAAAAGCAACUAGAGCAAAUUGAGACUGGAGAACUGGGGCUAAAUAAAAUUUGGAUAAAUAUUACAGAGAUCAGUAAACAGAUAUCAGUAUUGACCUCAACAGUAAAUCAUCUCAAAAACAACAUAAAGUCUGCUUCUGAUCUGAUCGCUCUUCCUGUCACAGUAGAGAAACUUCAGAAGACUGUAGCAAACAUAGGUAGCACUCUUACCAGCGUUUCUCAUGAUGUUGAAAAUAUACAGACAGCUAUUGAAGAAUACAAGAAAUCCAUAGAAAUACUCCAGAAUGAUGUGGAAUUAAAACAGGUACCUUCACUUCCCUCCACUGUUGUGCCAAGGACUGAGGGAAAUCAGACAGAAAACUGCAAACAGGAAAACCAGUCACUGCAUGCAGCUUUGGAGGAGCUAAAUAAUACUCUAGUGGUGUACCAAAAGUUGAAUGACAUCAAGCUUCUAAAUGUGGAUUCAGCCAUUGGUAACCUUAGCCGGAGAGUCAUGCUGUUAGAAAACUCUCCCCUUGCUGUGAAUAAUCUGGACAAAAGAGAGAACUUGUCUAUCAGUGUGGGGAAUGAUGCAACUACCUCUCUAAAAAUGGAAAAUGAAGAUCAACUAGAUAAUGAAACUCAUUCAAAUAAAGAACUGAAGGAAACAGAAACCAGAGAUUCUCAGGUAUCAAAACUAAGAGAGAAGCUUCAGCUGAUCAGUGCUCUCACAGGCAAGCCAGAAAAUGACAGACCCUUUGAGACAUCAAAGAAUGUUGAAAGUAGUCUGAGUACUACAGCAAAGCCCACAGACCUAUCAAGGCUAGCUUCAAGGUCAGCUGAUGACAACACAGAGAGUAACAGACAGCUGAGACAUCUGUCCUUACCAGGAAUUUCCAGCAUCGAAGAUCUUCAAAAUUUGUUUGAAAAAGCAACUGAAGAUGCUGAUGAAAAACUAUCAUAUGAGGAUCUUCAAAAGCUGCUUGGCUCUACAGCCCAAGAGUCUCAGAGCUUUAAGAAAUUUGACACAGAUGGAGAUGAGAAAUACUCAUUACAAGAACUGAGAUUAGCUUUAGGUGUAUAGGUUAUAUAUUUAGAAAUGUGAUAUUGUUGGAUGCUACUGUAGCUAAAGAAAACUAUGGGACAUGAAAAACUACGUCUGCACUUUCCCAGUGUUUUACUGAUCUUUGGAGCUAAAUUACUGUACACGUUGCCACCUCCUUUUUAAUUUGCAUUUAUUGAAAAGAAAUUUACAAGUUAUAUGUCAAUAGGACAUAAUAUUGGGACUGUGUUAAAAGCCAGAAAAUUCCCAAACUUGGAAACAUUUUCCUCUCAUUCUUUCCUUUUUAAGGGAGUUUUGUUUUUAAUUUAAAAUGUGUACAUACUAAAAUAAAAUUAUGGUUUUAUAUUUCACUGAAAUUUGCCUUAAAUUAGAGAUCUGCACUUUAUGUAAAGCAGAAAAAAAUCUGUCUUGUAAAGAUGGGCUUCUUCUGCUUGUAAAUAUUUGAGAGAGAGUAAAUUAUG